GCCUACUCUUGGCACGCAAGACGUAAAUUCAUAUUGUGUCAAGAUCGAACACAAGUUUAUGGCAAUUUCAAGUUAGAUUUGGCACUCCCGACAUGAAUUGGCUCACGAUCUUGUUCAGAUCGUCUUGUGUUCUAACUUGUGUUGCAUGUGAGUCAAUUUUGACAGCUACUCUGUGAAAGAAUGAACGAAAAACAUGAAAAAUGAAUGACGGCGGAAAAAAAAUAAAAUUGUCACAAACUUUCUUGCCGCCAUCCCCGUCCGGUGAAAAUAAAUAGAUAACAACUUUAACUAAAAGUUUUAAAACGAUAUCAUGGUGAGUUAUUCAGUAACCAAACGUGUUAGAAUCAUUCGUAUAUCUACUAUGAUAAUUUUAAUGAACCUAGUUUUUCCCCGCAGAGUUCCGCAACUCGGCCGUCAUAUCGUCAGAUGGAAUUACUAGUAGAGUAUUUAGAAAGCAACCCAGGGUUGGCCAGGGGUCUUCUAAAGACCGCCCAAGGGCGGUCAGAAACAAAAAAAAAAUGGAUAUCGUUGGCCUCGACCCUAAAUGCGGUCGGAGGGUCUAUAAAAGAUGGACCCGCCUGGUGCAAAGUAAGUUAAUAUCAUAAGUUUACUUUUCAUUUUGUUUUGACUACUAUAAAUUAAAAGCCCCGUAACUAAACUUCCCUCAAGAUUACCGACUAAUAUUACUUUAUUUCUUUUUAUUUUUAAGUACUGGACCGAAAAAAAAUGUUACCUUAAACGCAUAUGCGCAAGGAAUUCGGCGUCAAUGAGGCGAACUGGCGGCGGCCCUAGCGACCCGUCACCAAAAUUUUCGGACUUGGAACAGAGGAUGGUGGCGGUCAUGGGCGGUGAAGAGUUUGCCACCGGUGAUCAGCACUUGGCAAUCAACCCAUUUGCCACUCAGGAGCCUACAAGACAAGUUGACCACGAGCCAGAGGACUUGGCCACUCGUGAAGGCAGUUGCAACCAGCUUCCCUCUCUGGAGAUUGCAUCAUGCUCUGGUCAAUGGCAGGACCUAGUUAACGUCGAGGCCAAUCCUGAGCCUAUUAUAGGCGAGGUGCAGACCCCUGACUACAUUGUUGUCGAGGUGCAACCUGAGCAGUCAUUGGGCUCAGCUAAUCCUUCUCGCACCUCACAGCGCCGGUCCAGCCGCCGCAACCAAGUCGACCUAGAAGUCGACAGAAUGACGGCGAUAGAAGAGAAGAGGGUCGAGGCUGAGCUGCUGACAGCACGGGCUUUAGGGGACCUAGCAUCAGCGGUCCGUGAUGGAGUAAAUGUGCUCAAAGAAAUUGCACAAUAUUUCAAAAAAUAACAAAUUUAUCUAGCUUAGGGUUUAUAAGUAGACAUUGAUUAUAAUAUUUUUUAUACCUGUUGAUUAAGGUACCAA